GCUGUGUAGCUGUCAGAGACGUACUCUGCAGGGGUUUCAGAAGGGAGAUUGCAGCUGGUCCCUGGGAGAAGCAGAAAUGUUCCAGGCAGCAGGCGAAAACGUGCUUGUCUGCGCUGCCACGGUGUGGUCGUCUGUUGACAAGGGUUGAGUUCCCGUUCUCUGUGGAACGUUCAGCCAGCGCUCAAUUCAGUGUUGUCGUGCAUUGUCUCGCAUCAUCUCAGUGGGCAGUAAAGAAUGCUGAUGGGACAACCGUUUCCCUGAUUUUCAUAUUGUUGAGCUGCUUACCAUGAUGGAUGAUCAACAAGCUUUGAAUUCAAUUAUGCAAGAUUUGGCUGUUCUUCAUAAAGCCAGUCGUCCAGCAUUAUCCUUACAGGAAACCAGAAAAACAAAAUCUUCAUCACCAAAAAAGCAGAAUGAUGUCAGAGUCAAAUUUGAACAUAGAGGAGAAAAAAGAAUCCUUCAGUUUCCUAGACCAGUUAAACUGGAAGACCUGAGGUCUAAAGCUAAAAUUGCCUUUGGACAGUCUAUGGAUCUACAUUAUACCAAUAAUGAGUUGGUAAUUCCAUUAACUACCCAAGAUGACUUGGACAAAGCUGUCGAACUGCUGGACCGUAGUAUCCAUAUGAAGAGCCUCAAGAUAUUACUUGUAAUAAAUGGAAGUACACAGGCCACUAAUUUAGAACUGUUGCCAUCACUCGAAGAUUUGGAUAACACAGUAUUUGGAGCAGAGAGGAAAAAACGGCUCUCUAUAAUAGGUCCCACUAGUAGAGAUAGAAGCUCCCCUCCCCCAGGAUACAUUCCAGAUGAAUUACACCAGGUGGCCCGGAAUGGGUCCUUCACCAGCAUCAACAGUGAGGGAGAGUUCAUUCCUGAGAGCAUGGACCAGAUGCUGGACCCAUUAUCUUUAAGCAGCCCUGAAAAUUCUGGCUCAGGAAGUUGUCCAUCACUUGAUAGUCCUUUGGAUGGAGAGAGCUAUCCAAAAUCACGAAUGCCUAGGGCACAGAGCUACCCAGAUAACCAUCAGGAAUUUUCAGUAGACUAUGAUAAUCCUAUCUUUGAGAAAUUUGGAAAAGGAGGAACGUAUCCAAGAAGAUAUCAUGUUUCAUACCACCAUCAAGACUAUAAUGAUGGUCGUAAAACUUUUCCAAGAGCUAGAAGGACUCAGGGGACCAGCUUCCGGUCUCCUGUGAGUUUCAGUCCUACUGAUCACUCCUUAAGCACUAGCAGUGGCAGUAGUGUGUUUACCCCAGAGUAUGACGACAGUCGGGUAAGAAGAAGGGGCAGCGAUAUAGACAACCCGACUUUGACCGUGAUGGACAUCAGCCCGCCCAGCCGCUCACCUCGUGCUCCAACCAACUGGAGAUUGGGCAAACUGCUUGGCCAGGGAGCCUUUGGCAGGGUCUACCUUUGUUACGAUGUUGAUACAGGAAGAGAACUGGCUGUUAAACAAGUUCAGUUUGACCCCGAUAGCCCUGAGACCAGCAAGGAAGUAAAUGCACUUGAGUGUGAAAUUCAGUUGUUGAAAAACUUGCUACAUGAGCGAAUUGUUCAGUAUUAUGGCUGUUUAAGGGAUCCCCAGGAAAAAACACUUUCAAUAUUUAUGGAAUAUAUGCCAGGGGGCUCAAUUAAGGACCAGUUAAAAGCAUAUGGAGCUCUUACUGAGAAUGUGACUAGGAAAUAUACCCGUCAGAUUCUGGAGGGCGUCCAUUAUCUGCAUAGUAAUAUGAUUGUUCAUAGAGAUAUCAAAGGUGCAAAUAUUCUGCGAGAUUCAACAGGCAAUGUCAAGCUAGGAGACUUUGGGGCUAGCAAACGGCUUCAAACCAUCUGUCUGUCGGGGACGGGAAUGAAGUCUGUCACAGGCACGCCGUACUGGAUGAGCCCCGAAGUGAUCAGCGGAGAAGGCUAUGGCCGAAAAGCCGAUGUCUGGAGCGUGGGCUGCACGGUGGUGGAGAUGCUGACCGAAAAGCCUCCAUGGGCGGAGUUUGAGGCCAUGGCCGCCAUCUUUAAAAUCGCCACGCAGCCCACGAACCCAAAGCUGCCGCCCCACGUCUCGGACCACACCCGGGAUUUCCUCAAGCGGAUCUUCACGGAGGCCAAGCUGCGGCCGGCGGCCGACGAGCUGCUGCGGCACGUGUUCGUGCACUACCACUAGCUGUGCCGUCUCCCCGCCCUGGCGCGGGCGCCUCUCCCACGGCGUUUGGCUUUUUUAUACAGAGAGACGGGGGAGAAAAGGACAAGAGGGAAAGUGUUUCUCUUGAUUCUUGGUUAAAUUUGUUUAAUAAUAGUAACCUAAAUUUUUUAUAUUUAAUCUUUUUUUUUCCUUACAAGGACUUGAACCUUUUUUUUUUCUUUUUUUAAAAAGAAUUUUUAUAAUGUACUGAUGUGGUUCAGAGAUAAAGCACUUUAGUACAUAGUCACUCUUUUUAGUACAAACAAAUCAUCUGGAAUACCUAAAGAUUGUAGAGUCUCCCCAUGUCACUGACGGGUGGGUGGUGAGGGGGACAUGGAGAAAAACAGGAAGAAAAUGAUGUGUCAUUUGUAGUUUUUAGUGAUAGUAUUUAAAGUAGAUCCUCAUUUGUGGGAUUGAGCCCUAAACUUGAGUUUAGGGUAGGUACUCAACUUAAAGAAUAUAGGUUCCUUCUUAUAUCUGUAUUCUUUAGAUCCUAACCUCUGUCCACCAAGCUUUUUGCUCAGUAGGAAUCUUUAUAGAAAAUAAUAAUCUCUAAGAGGUAUGUUUAUCUGUUAAUCCUAACCAGUAUGAUUGCGACUACACUAUAAUAGGGCCAUGUUACUGGAAUCCGUAAACCUUGAGGGAUAGCUUUCUGCUGAAAAAAAAAAAAAGGUUACCAUUUUAUUUGAAAGCAGAUACAGGAAGUCAAUGAGCAAAUCCACAUUAAAAGACAAAGGAGAUUGUUCUACUUAAAUGUGUGAGCAGCAGAAGAGACCACACUUGCCAGUCAACAGAAACAAUGAAAGGAAGAACAGAGUGUUUAUUGUAUUUUAAACUGUGUUCUUUACAUGAGAGGGAAAGCCCCAAGGUGAAGGAAAAGGAGAAAUAAUUAACAUCAUGUAUACUAAAUCUUCCUGUUUCUAGCUUGAUUCCUCAUAGAUAACAUUCUUUAGGAACUGAAUGUUUAACCCGGAGUACCCCAGUGUCAAAGCUGUGUCAUGUUCUUGGGGUCACAGGUACUGAAGCAUCUGAAGAAUGGCUGUCAUUUAAACUGGUUCUCAAGGGUGGCAUGGUGGGGAUUUUGCUUGGCAUUUGUCAACGCCUGGUGUCAUUUUUUGUUGUCCCAACUGGGAGGAUGCUAGUACUACCAAGUGGGUAGUGGCCAAGGAUACUGCUGAACAAACUAGAGUACACACAGCACCCCUUUCCCAACAGAGAGCUCUCCUGCCUCAUGUGUCAAAGGUGCCAAAGCUAAGAACCCUGAUGUAAAGACCAGCCCCACUUAUAAGCUGAAAACGGCCCUUUACAAAGCAGGUUCCUUUCAAAAAGUAAAUUACAGAGCGAAAGUGAUACAAUGCAUAGUGAGGGUUUUACAAGAGCAGAGAUCACUCCUUCAAGUCCAGGGUGAGUGACCCAAGGAACAGUAAGUAGCAAUCCCUUCCUUGCCAGCUGCAUAUGGCGCCUAAAUCAGUAACUUCCAUUUUAGAAACAAAGUGAAUUUAAACAGAACCUGUUGAAAAGAAAAGCAUAUCAAAACAAAGUAUUAACUACUUUUUAAGAAGGUUACAAACUGCCAGGUAUGUAUCUGCUGAGCGUCUGGACAUUUGGUGGAAGGACCAGCUGGGAAAGGUCCACUGUCUCUAAUGGACUUGGGCUCCUGAGAAACAUGAAUGAUGUCAGUAAUUCGGCCACUUGCCGUUUUUCUUCAGCCUAUAAAGCAGGUGCUAAGUACUUUAUUUUUAAAGGCCUAGGAAGCAGUAGUCUUCCUGGAAGCCCUAAAUGUGAUGCCUUUGAUGGGACUUAUAAGGGGCUCAGGUAUUUCAUUUUCUGCUAAAUGGUAUGCUGUUUUAGGGACUGUUUUAAAAUACUUUGUUUCUGAAGUGAGAUAGGCCUUGGUUUACUGUGUCAAGGUGCGAUCUGACAUUGAAAUUUCACUAGCUAGUUUGAGAGGAAGUCAGAGCACAAACGUAGUUCUCAAAGCUUCUCCCCUACCCUGAAAAUUAAAAUAAGCUGCUUGCAAGGAAGCGUACAAAUCAGUAGCCCCCUCCCCCAGGAAAAUCAGCUGCCAAAUCUUGUACUAAAAUACAGUCUUCAAGGGUGUGGAUCUAUUACAAUAAUUUCUUCAUCUUUUAUGAGUGAGGACAUCUCUUCUACUUGAGCAAGACCAUGGUGUCUGUACCAGUGGACUUUCCCUUUGUGUGUGUAUGUGGUUGUUAUCCCCUUCUGGCUCAUUCUUGGUCUGUCAGGGUAGUCAGCAGUGCAGAGUAUGAGACGUGUUUGUUCUUCCGAGAGAAAUCUCGAGAGACUGUGAAACCCAAAGCAAAAUUGUUUGCCUUUUCAGUCUGUUUUUCUUUUCUUAAUGCUAUAGAAAAUAAAAUCAUCUGAAAAGAAACUACUACUUUAACACUGCUGCAGAAGACCUUUGUUUUAUAAGAAAAAUAUGGGGAAGUAUUGUUCUUUAUGUAAAGACUUUAAAAUAGACUAAUAGUUUACAGAGUUACUAUAUAAAAUGUGAUAUGAAUUUAUUUCAAAUAAGAUGUAAAGGUACCAAAAGCCACAAUAAAAGUUAAUAUAUAAAAACUACUAGAACAAAAAAGCUUGAAGUGGGGUGAGGUAUGGCAGACCAAAAGUAAACUUAGGAAUGUUUUGAAAGGCAACAUCUUUACUAGGGGCAGUUAGGUGUAUAACACUCCAAUUUUUUCUUUCUGAAUGGUAUGGAUCAACAAAUGAAAUUUGAACUGUUUUAAGGUGACUCUAAAUGUGUUUUGUUUUUUAAGUGCACAACUUGAUUCUUCUAUACUGUAAUGUUUCUUUGCUGAGGCUGGAAAAUGGCCAGACUGCUGACUUUGUGCCUUUAAAAUGCAUUCUGCUUUGAUAGUGGCAGACUUCUGGUGCUGGAGAAGAUUCACUCGCAGUCUUACGUGCUUUUCAGGAAAUACCUUUCUACGUAGGCCUGAGACCCACAAUGGCUUCGCUUGUGCUUGGACUUGGACCAAAUGUAAGAUCUAUUACAUCGCAAUGUGUACUGAAUAAAAGGGUUGAGAAAUAUUGAUGACUAAUGAAAAAUUUGAUGGUUGGCAAUUAUUUUAAAUGUAUUUAAAAGUAUACACACUGAAAUUUUCAGUAUGAGUAUCUUGAAAUUUUUUCAAUUUUCCUUAUUCAGCAAAACAUGUUUCUAACUUGAAAAAUGGUGAAAGACUGUUGUGUUAGAUUUCAAAGGCACAACCUCAAUUUGUAUUUAAGAGAUUGAAAUGUUACUGCACAGGCUGAGCUGUAAAAGACAAAUUAAAAUGUGUAUCAGAGUAAAUUGACCUUUUAUCUUUAUCUUAUUCCCUGUAGAAACUAUAUUAAAAAGGUGGAAUUAUUUCUUUAGAGUAGCUUUCUGCUACUUCUUAACAUAUGUCAGGUCUGGUCUGGUCUGUAGUAUUUCUGAGAUUGAGUUGAUCUGAGAUAUAUGACAUCACUAAGAAAAUAAAACCUGACUAAGGAUGGCCUUAUUCUUAAGAGAUGACCGAACUUGGAUGUAAAAGCCAUGAUGUUCACCAGAUUUUUCUGGCCUGUGGCAAUCCUGUGCCAAUGAUUUCAUUUGGGGCCUGAGGACCAAUAGCUUCAUAUAAAAUCACCUGGUGUCAAUUAAGUAUAGGAUUCUAUCACUUUUUUCCUUAAUAAGAUGAAUCUUUUUUAUUUGCUUAUUCAAUAAUUGGGGCUUCUUGUGUCAGGUACUGAAUUAGCCUAUUCUGUAGGAGGUCGCGGUCUAGGAGGAAACAUGGGCAGGUGUGUACUUACUUUACGGCACACCUUAACUCCAGAAGUUCAGCAAGCGUGUUUUAAAAUGUUCUUAUUUUUUAUGAAGUGAGGGGAAAGCAAUUUUGAGUAAUCUACUGGCUUUUAUAAACUAAAAUGUCAUUAACAACAGGGAAUUAAAGGUAUCCCCAAAUUGGAGGGACUCCCGUGGAUCAGUAGCCUCUCUCAGGACUCCCUCUUAAAAACCCAGCCUCUGCUUAAAUUGUUCCAGUGAUGGGAGGCAUUUAUUCCAUAACAGUUUUUUUUUCUGUUUCUUUUGAAGAAAAAAGUUCAUUCUUUUGGUCAAAAUUGUUAAAAUACACAAAACAUUUGAUGGAAAUUGAAUUCUGUCAAUAUGUUGUUUAUACCAAGAUCAGGAUAUUCUUGAGACUUUAUUGUUGGGACCCAUUAAGACCAAUUAAGUUUGCCUUUAUUACAAAAGUAAUGUUCAUAUCUACUUGAAUUUUGAGAUUGGUUAAAUGUUAAUGAAAAGCAAUUUAGUUCAUUUUUGGUAGUGCCUUUUUCUCUGUAUGCCUUAAUUUUAUUUUGUAUCAAUAAUAAUUCAAGUUAUCCACUGAAUUGAAGGUUUUUCCAAAAUCAGUAGGCUUCAAGAGUUCAUUUGGCCUCAGACUGUACUGGCCCGGCUUCUUAAUGCCUGCUUCCUCCUCCUACCCUUUUCUACUUUUUUUUUUAAUGUUGGAAGGAAAACAUCAGCAUUAUUCUGUGAUAGACAUAUUGCAAUCUCCACUAGACACAAAUUCCCAAGAUAAGGAUAGAAAAGUAUUCUGAUUCUAAAGAGACCUAGUAAACUGUUCUCCAGGUUGAUGACUUAAUUUCAGUCACCUUGAUGGUGGUGAGAUUCUCUGCAUGUCACUGUUCAGUUGUGACUUUGAUACAGAGCUGGAAGGGUGGUUUCUGCCCUUAUAGAGGUGAUUUAAGUGAUUUACUGCUAAGGCAAUAAUGAGACAGAAGUCAGUGCGUAAGAGAUCCAGGGAGUGAAUUCUAAAACUUAACUUCUUUAACUAGCAUUUUGACUAAAACUCUAGCUUUUUUGUGAAGUGUGUGUGUCCGUGUCUGUGCGUCUGUGUUUGGAGUUGGAUAGGCACGGAAAGGAAAGAAAAAGUGUGAAUGUUCAAUUGGUUAGUGUCUGUUCUCGGAGGAGCAACGCAGAUGUGUUUAUGGCCAACUGAUGAGGGAUGGGUGUCAUCACGCUUGGAUAGGAAUGCCAGCUCAUUCCCCACAGGUAGCUAGUACAAAUGAUUGUUUAAUAAAGGUAUUUAUUGUAAAUUGCCAAGCUCUUGGUUCCUAAAAGUAGAUUAAAAUGGAAUUUGUAUCUGUGUAUAUAAAGAGCUUAUAUAUAAUUCUUAAAUAGGAAGUAACUGAUUUUGCAUACUUCAUGAACUCUUUGGAAUAGAAAUUCUGCCGGACAUUAUCAGAACAGGCUUCCUUAGCUUACCAAGUGUUCACAAGGAAAUUGUCUUACACCUCUUUUUGGUUGGCUGGGAAGGCACUGCUCCUUCUUAAGUUGCCUUUAGCUGUGCUUUGGCAUGUGCCACUGUCAGGACAGAUGCCACAUGAGGUGUGGGAAGCAGCAAGGCCAGCCGUCUGUGCUUGCCAUUCAGGCUGUAGGUGGCCAUAGGCUCUCGGGCCUAGAGGACCUUCCCAGUUUAGUUUCAGAAAGUUAAGGGAGGACUCAACAGCUAUAGUAAAGAAGGGAACAGAUGUUAUCUGUUGCCUGUAUACAGUCUCUUACAUAAUCUGUAUUUUUCAUAGUUGUGCAUUUUAAUUGACAGUAAUAUUUUUGUUAAUAAUAGCAAAGGCAUUAAGUUAGUACUGUUAUUCCCUGUGCCGGAUGACUUGUUUGUAUUUGCAAUCUGUAUUAUCAGAAUCACUUAAACCAAAGCUUGUAUAUUCCCUGCACACAUAGCCAAAUUAAUAGCACUGUUACUUCUGCCCACGUGUAGCUGAAUAGGAUAGAAAUGAUAAAGCAGGCACUAGGAGUAUCUCAGUUUACCCUUCCAGUAAAAGACAGGUGUUCAGUGUGUGCAUUUAGACAUGCAGAAUUUACUUCAGCUGUUAUGGAACUACAUAGACACUAUGAACUUGAGCUUGUACACGUGCCAAUCUUAAAUGUCCUUGACCGUAGGUGCAUAUACAUACACAUUGACAUAUGAUGCCUCAGGUUGUGGUGUACUUUCUUCCUAGUGUCUUUACAUUUAUGAACUUGUAUUUGACUUGAGGGGCAUUUCAGGAAAGCUGUGAAGAAAAAUAGGUUAUGGACUGAUGUCUGCUUUGUGCCAUAAACAUUUUGAAACAUUACGGAAGAGUCUGCUCUCCAGUAUGCAUGCAGAAUUUGUCCCCAAAUAACUUCUCAGCCCCUUAAUGCCAGUUUUAAACAGUAAAGUUUGUGACUAUACUGAAAAGCACUUUUGUGUUCACUUCAAAUUUUUUUAGAAUUGAUUUUUAAAAGUGUAAGUAACUAGUGGUGAUUUUGUCAUUAGCAUUACUUGGAAGGGGGAGAGAAACAACAAAAUCACGUCUUAAAACUGUCAGGUAUUUAGGCUCCAAAAUGGAUUUGAUAUAAUUUCCUUUUCCCAAAGACUUUUUUCCACCUGGAAUAAGGAGAAAGGACUAGUGGAAACAUUUGAGCUGGAAAGAAAGUGGGCCCAACCCUUGCAACACACCCUGUUUGGUAAAAAGUGCAUCUAAGAAUAAGAAUACUCUAAGAACAAUUGUUUUUAAUACAAUCUUAAUUAGUAAGUAAAAGGUUUACAUUUUUUCUAUUGCUAUUGGUUUUAAAAUUUGCUACCCUGCUUUCUGAAAUAUUAUAAAAGAAUUAAUACCAAAAAUACUUUUAAUGUCUGACAUCUCUUACAUUUCACAUGGUUCUUUUUUUAUUCAGAUAUCAUUGUAAAUAAGAGUAAACUUGGAUAAAUUUGAGAAUAAACUUUGAAUCGUUGCAAACUAUAAUUAUCAAUUUGUAAAGUUACCCUUUGACUUAAUGUACAUUUUUAAAUGUAACCAUUAAAUUCUUUAUAUUUAAUCUAUUAGUUUCUCUCUGUAAAUGUUUUUAAUCUUAGUUGAUUGCUGGACAGUUUAUAAUUAUGUAUUUCCUAUCAAGGUUGACUUUUUUGCACAUUUUUGGAAAUGUUUAAUUUGUACACUGACUUACUACUCUGACCAAUAAUUGUUAAUGGGUGAUGAACAUCCUGAAUGCGUGCGUUGAACUACUGUCUGUCUGUGUUUUAACUUCUUCCAAGAUGUAGCCAUCAGUACCUGCACUGCUAUUACUGAUUUAAAUGGCUCUUCUUGCUUUCACAAAGUAUACUUACCUAUGGUUCUCUCUUUCUUGAAGAACUCAGGAGUUCAACAUCACUUUCUGAUUGUAUAUGUAUUCUAAAACUCAUGGCUAAGUUGCAAGUGUGCUUGUAAUAUUGCAUAUUGGAAUGUGUGUGUGUGGAGAUGUCUGUCUCUGUUUGUAGGCACAUGUAUAUAUAUCCCAGUAACUUCUUAUUUUCAUUUCAUUUCUACAUUUUUAUGAACUUGUUUUAUAAGGGUACUGUUUAGUUAGAAUAAUUAAAUAUAUGUUAAAGCUUUCUGAGAGAUUAUUUACUAUAUGAAUAUAUUUUCAGCUGGCUGAUGAAAAAUAUUUUUUUAAUUUUGUUUUUAACCAUUCAGAAUGUAUUUGUAUUCCCAGAAUUGGAUGCAGAUUUACUCAGAUAUCAAUUAAAAUGCUCUUACAAGGAAGAUAUUGAAUUCUCUUUUGAAGGUUCUAUGAAAUGCAUAUUAAGAGGAAAAGAUAAGUUUAAGCAGUAGCAAAACAUACUGUCCACUAAAGUGGCUUUGACUUCUCAGAGCUAUAGAAAAAUGUAAGCAAGUAAAUUGUCUUGUAGAGAUGUCAAGAUUUUUCCAGCUGGAGAUAUAAUCCAGUUGCUGUUGGCUUGUCCUUUUGUUUUUGAAUACUUCCUUUAUUCUACCCCCAAGAUUUCAACUUGUAGUUUUUAUCUUACUGGGCAAAGUCAGACCCAUUUACAAAACAGUUCAUUGACAUAUUGUGUUCCUCUGUAAUUGACUAUAAAUUGGUUUAGAAAUAUCCAAACAUACAAUAUUGUGUCUUUAUACUGUACUGUGUAUUUUAAGUAACUGGCAGAACAAGAAUUGGAAAUUGACUUUCCAAUCUGACAGUGUUACUGUACUUAGGGGAAACCUUGUUUUUAAUAUGCGGUACCUUGUAAAAUUACUUGUGUUAGGAGUGAAGUCCACUGUUGAAGUUGAAUGUCACUAGCUUAUGUUACAAGGAGCCGGUGUGAUUAGAAAAACUUACCAGAAGCCAGAUACAGUGUGGUACUUGCCACAUUUCAUGCACAUUUUGACUUUGUGUUGUUCAUUCAAAAUUGUGCUUGUAAAAAUGUAUAAAAUCUCUGAGUUUUAUAAUUUUUAUGUACUUGUUUUUUCUUGCUGGUAAAUAGGUUUUUUUAAAAAAAAUCUUAUGUGAAAAAACCAUGUUUAUAUUUUGUUAGUGAUCAAUGACUUUGUUUAUAUGGAAAUUUGUAUAUUGUUGGCACACAUCUUUGUUUAGAUUUAUUGUGCAUGAAGGCCUGCAAUAAUUAGCACAAUGAAAAUUGCUUUUCUUAUAUGUUAGUUCAUUUUUUGAAAGAUUGUGGGGCAAAGGCUUACUUUAAGUAACCUUCUGGACUAUGGAAUGAAUAUAAAUGAAUGGCACUUCUGAGUGUUAAUAAAGCUGAUAUUUAUUUCCACUGUGA